AUGGAGUGCUUACCAUCUAGUGCUCCACAACGAGCGGGGGUAGCGGAGGCGGACCUGUCCCUGACGUUGCCACGGGCGGUCUGCGGCAGCUCCGGCGACGACGACGUGGGCGGCAGGAACGUGCGUCGUCGUCUUUACCCCUGUCUUUUCUGCAACAAGACGUUCCUGAAGUCGCAGGCGCUCGGUGGCCACCAGAAUGCUCACAAAAAGGAGCGAAGCACCAGCUGGAACCCCUACGUCUACGACGGCCAGCACGCCGGCACCAUCGCUGAGCCGGCGUUUUCGUCGUCGAUCGUCGACUGCAGCAUCAGUAGCGCUGCCACCUUGUCCAUUCCAUCGCUGUCUCACGGUGGCAGCGCUAUGGUCGCUGAGCCUGUGCUUGCCAGUGACCGUGACGGGAAUGGCAGUGGCACCGCCGUCGUCCCAAACUUUCGAGCGAGAAUGCUCCAAAGGCGGGCUGCUCUAUUCGCACCGGUGAACAUCAGGCCACUAGAGAUGGACAGGGUGGUGGCUGAUGGCACGCUGGCUGGUUGCGAUGGCACGAUCGACAUGCUCAAUUGUGUCAGGGCCUCCACUGCGCCUGUGGCCACCAGCGCCGACACUGCUGACCAGGGUGAGCAUCUGGAUCUCAACCUUGAGCUGAGACUCUAG